AUGAUGAUCUCUGUGACCCAGAUUUUAGCAAAAUGCUUGUGUGUAUUGUAUCAUGCUGUUAGCCCAAGUUCUGCAUUUCCCGCAUUGGAUGAUUUAAAUGAAACUGAAGUUGCUCCCCGUGAGCCAAGGACGAAAGUACAGAUCGUAUCUGAACAGCUGGUGACCUUUUUCAACCCAGUGACGUGUCGACCCAAAACAAAUCAGCCUGUGGUGCCUUGCCAAGCUGGGGAAAAGAGCAACAAGUCGUUGUGUCUGGAACACAAGUGCUGCUUCUCGUCUAAAAAGCAUGUUCAGUUGGACUGCUACACUCCACUCAAAGACCGCCCUCAACAGAUCCUGCGGAUGCUUGGUGUCGGGAUAGGAGGACUGAUCAUUCUCGCAUUUCUUCCAUGUUGCUGUUUUAUUGUGGAGAGGAGCCCAUGUUUUAAUGCAUUACGAAGAGGCCCCAAAGAAGAUGAUUCUGAAGAUUCUGAAGAAGACAGUGAUGAUGAGAGUGAUGAAAGCAGUGAUAGCCAUUCUUCAUCAUCCGUCCAAGAUGAUGUUGAGAAACUGACCAAGAAGGAAAAAGGCAAAUAA